AUGAAAAGAAAAAAGGAAUAUGUUAGCAGUGCUCAUAAAGAUGUGAAUACUACUAUGGAUGAACAUAGACCAAGAGAUUCAUGGACGACAAUAAAAGAUGCUAUACUAGACUCUUCCUUGACACCUUUGCAUAUCGAAAGGCUUUCUGACUAUCUUCGCAGUCAGAAGGAUGACCAUUCUGCUCGUGAAGCUGUGCAGCGUAGUGUGGAUUUCCAAUUUUUGUCCCAAAUAUUGAUAUCAUAUAACGCGACAACUUCGUCCACUGACAGGUCAAUUUUCGAUGUCAUGGAUCUGCUUGAAAAUACGUACAAAGUUAAUAUGAGCGUUAUUUCGCCAGUGGUGUGGGGUGAAAAUUCAAGGGAGAUAUAUAGAAAACGGAGACAAUUUGGAGGAACCCUUAGUCGUACAACUCCCAAUGAGGUUUUGGAGCUUCUUGAUGGCUUGCGCAUGUGGAAAACUGUCUUGAAUCAUUCGCGGUCGUUAUUCAGUGUCGACACAGGAGAGAUGUCAUUGUAUGAUGAACUCGAUGUCGAUGCUGUUGAAGAUCGUCAUAAAUAUCUCUAUAUUUAUUUAUUGAGGAUUUUUAAACAGAGUAUCGAGAGUGUCGCACCUCGAUUAUCACACAUGGUGUCGCAUUUCUUUUCCCGUGUCUCCAAACUUUUUCUUCAUCCGGAAUCACCUUUAUUCAGCCCCGUUCUUUCAUUUCUUAGCUUAAAGCCAGUUAUCGACCUCAAUAACGUGCCUGAACUAUAUAAAUUACUACUCAGUUCGUCGACGGAUCAUCACCACCAAGAACGAGAAUGGAUUUUAUCCCUUAUAUCAGAGAGUCUUAUUGAACCAAUGGACUAUAAUCUCCUUCAAAAUCGCUCUGGCGUCAAACUGCUACUAUCGUUAUUUCCCACUUGUAUGCUUAACAUGGCAUCCCGUCGUCUUAUUCUAGCUAUUCUUAAAUCUGCAGUGCAAAUGCCUUCUGUUGCUCAUGAUCUGUUCUACAGAAUGAAUCUUCAUUCGUGGAUUGCUUCCAUCAUAACAGUCUUGUUGGCCAUGAACCCAUUGAAUGAUAAACCCGCUGCUGUCGACAAUAUAGAAGCAAUUCAGUCAACAGUUGAGGCCAAAUGGCAUCCGAAGCAACGACGAUGCGCCUCAUAA